GACCACGACCCGGGCAAGAAGCUCAAGGCCAUCGUGACGCGUACCGUGUGGGGCGUCGUCAUGGCCGGUGGCUGCAUCGGCCUCGUCCUCAUGGGCCACGUCUACGUCAUCGCGCUCGUGUUUGUGUGCCAGGCCACCGUCUUCAAAGAGUUGACGGCCCUGUUUGACGCCGGGACGCCUGAGCGCGAGGCCAAGCGCAAGGGGCGCAAGGAGGACCGCGAGCGGUGGAGCCGGCGCAUGGCCUGGUACUUCUUUGCCGUCACCAACUACUACCUCUACGGCGAGUCGCUCAUCUACUACUUCAAGCACAUCUUGACGCUCCAGGCGUCGUUCCUCCCGACCGCCUACUCGUUCGCCCAGCACCACCGCCUCAUCAGCUUUGGCCUCUACGUCAUCGGCUUCGUCAGCUUUGUCGCGACCCUGAACCGCAACAGCCUCCGGCGCCAGUUCGGCCUGUUUGGGUGGAUCCACAUGUCGCUCCUCCUCAUCGUCGUCUCGAGCCACUUUAUCGUCGACAACAUCCUCGAGGGCAUGAUCUGGUUCUGGGUCCCCGUGUCGCUCGUCAUCAUGAACGACAUUGCGGCGUACGUGUGCGGCAUGCUGUUUGGGCGCCACCAGCUCAUCAAGCUCAGCCCCAAGAAGACGGUCGAGGGCUUUGUCGGCGCCUUUUUCGUCACGGUCCUCUUUGCCAUCGUCUGGGGCACGCUCUUUAUCCGGUACGACUACAUGAUCUGCCCCGUCCAGGACCUGUCGACGUCGGCCUUUUCGUCGACGGCGUGCGAGCCCAACAACGUCUUUGUCUGGCGCGACCUCGCCCUCCCGCAGUCGGUCACGGCCAUGCUCGAGCCCGUCCUGCGCCGCCAGGUGACGUCGAUCCCGUGGGCGCCGUUCCAGCUGCACGCCGUCGUCCUCGCCGUCUUUGCGUCGCUCGUCGCACCGUUUGGCGGGUUUUUCGCGUCGGGCUUCAAGCGCGCGUUCAACAUCAAGGACUUUGGCGACUCGAUCCCGGGUCACGGCGGCAUGACGGACCGCAUGGAUUGCCAGUUCCUCACGGGCAUGUUCGUGUUCGUGUACCAUUCGGCCCUGAUUCGCGACUCGCACUACACGGUCGGCUCGGUCCUCGCUACGGCCGUGUCGCACUUGUCGACCGAGCAGCAGGUCGAGCUCGUCGCUGCCCUCCAGCAGGCCAUCCGCAGCCAGAUGUGAGGCGCUCGAGGUGGAGGAGAGGAAGCGCGACGCAGCAGGCAUACCAUCUCGACAGCUCCUGAAAAUAAAUGCAUCGUUGUCUGGCGAA